AUGCCAAGAGAUCGGAUAAAAGCUCAGAAAUUUGAGAUGAGAAUAUGGGCUUUGAUAGGCUUUGUUAUUUUUUGUAAUCAAAUUGUUGAAGCUGCUAAGCAAAGAGGUAAUUUUAAAAAUUUUUAAAUUUAGUACUUUUAAAUUUUGAGACAAGUGUUUUUCACUUAUGCAACACUUUUUAAAUCUAAAAAUAAACUGAAAUUCAAUGGAUUUGAGUAAAAUGUUUAUAUUACAAAAUUUUUAGUACCAUCGCCACCCUUGGAUCUUCAAGUGGCACCACAGAAUGCCACAACAUUUCGGGUCACGUGGAAUAAGCCCGAACAUUCUAACGGUCAAAUCUUUGGUUACUACGUGUACCAAGACAAACUGGUCGAUGGUAAUUUAACGCCGAAUGGUCGAAAAAAGAAUGUUUUGUGGAAUCCGAACGCCAAUCAUACUAUAGUAUCUGAAUUGGAGCCAAAUUCUGAAUACAUAAUUCGUGUAAAUGCGUUUAAUGAAAAUGGUGAUGGAGAGUUUGCUAAUUCGGAGAAUUUUAAAACUGGACGAAGUCGUAGGUUUUUCAAUUUAAGUUUAUUAAAAUUUGUUGACUCACAUCAAUUUAAAAGAUUUUUUUCUUGUAUAAUUUAAAAAAUUAUGUUUUAAUAAAAAAAUACGGAAAAAUUUUAGCACCGGAAGCACCACGCCCGCAAUCGGUAUCGUUAAUGGAUGAAAACCCGCCAUUAAGGGCACGAGUGGAAUGGUUACCUGCUCCGGAUCGUGGUGACAAUGCACGUGCGCCAGUCCAAGAAUAUUUGGUGUGGUACCGAGCUACAGACAGCGACAAUUACUGGAAGAAUGUCCGAGUUGCUGGCGAUCAAAGCAGUGCUGUUCUGGAGGAACUGAGUACGUAAUUUUAUUUUUCGAGUUGUUAUUGUUUGUUUAAUAGAAUUAGGCUUAGUUGGUUUUAGUUUAGGCUUAUCUGACUACUGAAUAUACUUAGUUUUCUUAGUUUCCAUAAUCUAGUAUUUACGUAAAACGUUUAGAUAUGGGCACAGAGUACGAAAUUCGUCUAGCCGCUCAGAACGGUGAUGGGAGAUCUGAAAAUGUGACUGAACGACUAAAUACUCCGGUUGGUAGACCAUCAGCACCACCAUUGAAUAUUAGGUAUUCGAUAAGCGGAGAUAAAGCAACAUUCCAAUGGGAUCCGCCAGCCGAAGGAAUGCGCAAUGGUCCUAUUUCCGGGUAUCAUGCAGUAUUGGCUUGCUCUGACAACACUCCACCGAGACAUCAAACUGUAAGUAUCUAGUAGAUAAACAUGCUAAAAGUUGAAUUUUUGCAUUUUUCCGUUUCAAUAGUUUAUUAUAAUAUUUUUAAAGAAUAAAAUCCGCUAAUUUUUUAAAAAAUUUUGCACGUGACUUUAUAGGUAACACGUCAAUGGUCUCAGUAUACGAUCGAUUUGAAAAAGAGCUACGGAUUCAGAGUUGCAGCAUCGACUUCAAAAGGUGACGGACCUUUCGCCGACCAAAUAAGAGUUCACCCUGCUGAAGGAGGUUGGUUUAAAGUUUACUUUUUGCUAAUUUUGGCUAAAUCUUGGAAAAUUUAAUUUAUUAAAAAUUGAGUGUAAUUUUUGACGUUUUAAAACACGGCUUUAUGCAAGUGGUGACAUAAGUAACAUCACAUAUUAAAAAAUUUAAAUUUUGACGUAAAAUUCGAAAUGCAAAAACAAAAUUUUGCACGAACACAGUCAAACUAUGCAAAACGAGCAGUUUGUAAAGCCUUCUCAUACUCUUAAAAUACGCCGCCGAAUCGGUUUAAUAAAUAUUCGAAAUUAUGGUCGUAUUACUUUAACACCAAGGAGACGUCAAUGACUGAAUGCACAAUUUUGUAAAACUGACGAAGCCGACCGGGGUUUUGUGGCCGAAAUGGAGACGCGGAAUUGCUCAAGUCAACUCAAGCUUGAAGAAAAUAAAAAAAAACAAAACCGCAUUUCGAUGCCCGCAUAAGGAGCAAGUUUGGGCCGCCCGGGUGUUGCAUUACGACUGGUUUAGAUAAAUUUUCUAUGCGAACCCUGUAUUUGUUGUUCUGUUUAAGGCUGGGCGACUUUGGUCUGCUUAGAUUUCAUGAGCCUAUUAAUUUUUGGCGUUUUUUUUCUUAAUUUGAAUAUUUUAUUACUGUCAGGUGAAUUAGACCAGGUAUUUUUUAAAAUAUUAACUUUUCAUUCUUAUUUUUUUCUUUCUUAUAGACUCUAAAGUUUGA